CACAUUUUGGUCAUGUUAAAAAGAAUAAUGAAGUGAUGAGUUUUGUCCAAUGCCCUCUGCCUGAUUUUUCUACAAGCUGUUAUUUGUGAACUUAAUUGAAUAUCUUGAGUGUAUUAUUCUCUAUUACAUAUUUUGUGAGGCCGGAGAAGCAAGGAACAUCAUACUUUACUACAUAGGUAGAUGUGGUGUAUGCAGAGAAACAUUCACAAUGCCAGGCAAGGUGAAGGUGCGCGUGCUGGCCGGCCGCAACCUGCCGGUCAUGGACCGCGCCAACGACACCACUGACGCCUUCGUCGAAGUGCGGCUAGGCGCCGUCACGCAGAAGACGGACGUGUGUCGCCGCUCGCUGAACCCGCAGUGGAACUCGGACUGGUUUCGCUUCGAGGUGCAGGACGACGCCGAGCUGCAGGACGAGCCGCUGCAGAUCCGCGUGAUGGACCACGACACGUACUCGGCGCACGACGCCAUCGGCAAGGUGUACCUCAGCUUGAGUCCGCUGCUGGCGCCCGAGCUCAUCACCCGCACCGAGGCGGCACAGCCGGCCGUGAGUCCGUCCAUCAUCUCUGGCUGGAUUCCCAUAUAUGACACGCUGCACGGUGUGCGUGGCGAGCUGAACGUGAUGGUCAAGGUGGACCUCUUCUCCGACUUCAACAAGUUCCGACACUCUUCCUGCGGUGUCCAGUACUUCUCCAGCGCGUGUGUGCCGGCCGGCCACUGCGUGCAGAGCCUGCUGGGCUUCGUGCACGAGCUGGUGGUGAACGACGACCCGGAGUACCAGUGGAUCGACAAGAUCCGCACGCCGCGGGCCUCCAACGAGGCGCGCCAGACGCUCUUCUCCAAGCUGUCGGGCGAGGUGCAGCGGCGCAUCGGCGUCACCGUCAUCGAGGCCGGCGGCAACGCUGUUAUUGGCUACCGGCAGUGCUUCGACCUGGAGGGCGAGACCGGUAUCGUGGUGCGCGGCAUCGGCACGGCGGUCAGCAUGGUGCGGUCGGAGGCGCGGGAGCCCAGUCCCAGCCCGCUGAGCCGGCUGCCGGGUAGCGGACGCGACCGUGAGCCGUCCUGUAGUCCUCACCCUCCGCAGGCGCCGGCCGUCGCCGCCGCGCCGCCGGUGCCCGCCGACGCCCCCGACGCCGCCGAAAGGCAGCUCAGCCGCUCGCUGGAGAACGACAGCACCUUCAAAGCGCCCAGCAGCAGCUCGUCCAGCUGCGCCGACACCAAACUGCUGGCGCAACUGGUGGCCGCCUCGGCCCAGCAGCGCAGCCAGCAGCAGGACAACUACGAGUCGGCCGAGUUUCCGUUCGUCACGCUGCGCACCUUCGCCCCGGGCUUCAUCACGCACAUCGGCGGUACGGUGAGCGCCCGCUCGGUGAAGCUGCUGGACCGCAUCACCCAGCCGGAGGAGAGCGAAAGUCGCGACGCCUGGUGGGCGGAGCUGCGCACCGAGGUACGCUCCCACUGCAAGGCGCUCGCCUGCCAGGUGGUGCUCGGCUACGAGGAGACCACCACCAUCUGGGACGACGUGUGUGUGCUGAGCGCAUACGGCACGGCAGCCACCGUCAACUUCGCGGCGCUGGGGCUGGCGGAGCCGGCGGCGGCGGCGCGCUGCGACUCGCGCGAGGUCCGCACCGCCCUCCGACUCGAGGCCAGCCUCACCAGCCAGGCGCUGACCAUCCUGGAGGAGCCGGACGUGGCGGCGGCCAGCUGCGCGCCCUGCCACCUGCCCUACAGCCAGGGCAGCAUACCGGUGUCGGCGCUGCAGGUGCGCUGCGCCCUCUGCCGGAAAAGCACGGUGCCCGACGUCAUCUUCAGCACGAUCGAACCGCCAACGAACGUGGCCAUCACGGGCCGUGGCUGUCUGGUGCAGGCGCGCGUCUGCCGCGAGAAGGCUGACGUUAAGUCCGAGCAGCUCGCCAAGGAGGUGUCGGACCGGCUGCCGUUCCUCGAGUACGAGCUGCACCGCCAGCUGCUCAACAAGCUGCGCAUCCUCGGCAUGAACGCGCUCUUCAGUCUGACGAUUCAGCUGUCGAUCGGCGAGCAGAUCAUGGUGGCGGUGGCCACGGCCACGGCUGUGUACCUGACGGCCCUGCCGCCGCCCGUGGUGCCCCGCGUGACCUCAGCCGUGCAGGAGGGCGCUGACCGGCUGGAGCAGACGCAGCGGCGCAUCGCCGACACGGUGGCCAGCAACCGGGAGGCGUUCCAGCUGACGGGACAGGACGUCUCCGAGCGCACCUCCGACGACGAGUCCGACGAAGAGGAGGACAAACCCGACCUGGACCUGGCCGCCGGCAACAAGGACGCCUGCAUACUGGAGAUGGACGACGCCGAGGACGCCGACAUGCUGUUCAUGCUGAUGAGCCCGAGGCCGCCGGAGCUGUUCGAGCUGGUGUCGACGGCCGGCGUGCCAGGUGUGCCCGACCGGCUGCUGAUGGACGAUCGCCAGCUGUUCACGCGCAUCGUGCGCACCAAGCUGGUCAGCGUCACCAACCGUCACCUGGCACAGCUGGUGGAGAAGAUCAUCCAGGGUCUGUACUUCAAGCUGCGUAAGCUGGCGCCGUGUGCACUGUGCGGUCUCCGGUUCAGCAUAGACAUGCCCGAGGACGACGAGAUCCAGAUCUCCGUGUACGGCGCCGCGCUCAGCGUCAGCGAGCCACUCAGCAAGCAGACGUCGGUGCGCUCGGCGGCGACGGAGGACGGGGAGGGCGCGCCGGAGCGGCCGCCGCCGCCGCUGCGUUCCGACAAUGCCAGCGGUAGCCUGCGCGCCCAGAACUCGCUGUGGCGCGGCGACUAUGACGUCAUCAUCACCCCGCUGCCACAUGUGACGGGUGGCCGGGUGGAGCGCUGGCUGGGCAACCUCAACUUCUUCUUCAUCAGGGAGUGCACCAGCCUGCGCGAGGUGGGCGGUCUGAAUGGCUUCAUGCAAGACCUGGUGACCGAGGUGCUGGCUGUGGUGCGCGCCCACGUCACCUCGCUCGGCGGCAACGCGCUCGUCUCCUACUUCAUGUCGCAGUGCGUGCUGCUGCCCAACCCGCAUAAGAACCAGGCGCAGUGUCUGGUCAACGUCGGCGGCGACGCCGUGCAGGUGGGCCACCAGCCACGAGCUGAGGAGUGACCGGGCGCCGCAGCGACGCCACGCUCGCCGCCCUCCCAGCGACGCGGCGCGCGCCGCUCCGGAGCCGGACCGGACGGCCAGAGCGCGGUCGCCACGCACGGUCAGGCGCGGCACUGGAGGCGACCGCGAAGUUGGCCCCGGCUCGCUGCGAACGACGGGAGGAAGAUAUACGGCGGUACAGCGCUGGCGGUCGAGCUCGGCUCGGUCGGCGCUCGUAGUGCAAUGCCAAACGCGUUGAACACGGUAGUCGUUAGAGGCGUUUGUAGCCUGUGGGGAUUGUUAAGUGGGACUGUGACCGAUUCGGGAGCAUGCUCGUAGCCACCAGCCGGCUCGUAGCGUGGCGUUCGCUCCACGAUCCAGAAAGCGCCGUUUGCGUCGCAGGAAGCUGGGCAAGCUGGCGGGGCAUUUUGAUGACGAUGCACGAGUUCGCCGGACGCUUUUGAACGGCUCUCUACCGCUGUACUAUGUGCCUGCGCGUAUAAGACAGUUUCGUGCGGCCUGUGCGACGUCGUUUCCAGUUCAUUUGCAACGAUGCUCAACAUUUCGUUUGCCAGUACGGCCAAAGGAAUGAGUGGAAUCUGAUUUUAUACCAUGUAUGCUUGGUAAACGCGCCCACUGCAAAGCGCACUCCGUGUGGGGAGAAUGCUGAUCUGUUGUGUCUGGGUUCGGGACACAAACUCCUGUGCAACUGUCGCAACGAUUUGUUAGUAGCGUCAUUGAUAGAGUUCGCGUAUGCUUUGCGGAGUAGUAUUUUCACGACGGUCUGUUUUGAAACUGGUCGUGUAUAGAGGCGUCCAAAGGGUGCCCUGCUCGUAGGCUUUGUGACCUUUAUGAACUACCGGUUGUUUCAGGGGAUAUUAUUGUAGUUCGGUUUGGAUGCCGGAAUCUUGUGCCGUGGCGCGCCUUCGCCUGCGGUCUCAUUCGCCUUAGUCGCUGUGUUCACCAACUACAGGAACAUGUGGGUAGUCGUUAGCGAGCGCGUGUGCCGCAGAAGCGUCGUCGUCUGUACAGUGCACGACUGAACACUGUCGGACGGCUGGCUGUGUGGAUGUACCAUGUGCAAUAUCAGGGAUGUGCCAUGCUCUCGUCCAGGGACAUCGAGUCGUGACCCGACGGCCAGUGCGCACGCGCGGUGACCGUGCUUCCCCGCCCGGCCGCUGAUUGGUGUGGGCGCCGGCCGGCGGCGGUUUCGGACCGCGGGGGUCACUGGCGGUGUGGUGUCCUCGCCGUGCAGAGGGCAC